GCCCCUAUAAAAUCCCCAGUCACUAUGAACUGCAAGCUACGCCGCCUGGACCUGUUGCGGAAUGGCCAAAAGUCGGACUGCGAGCUCCACGUUUGGCAACCGGAAAAGGUGAAGGAGGGUAAGUGUUGUCCAUGCAUCUUCCGCUGCCACCAGGUGAUGCUCAUCUCCGCCUCCGAGGAGUUCGAGCGGCUGAUCCGGGAUCCCGAGUUCCAGAAGAACAAGCGAGUGAUCAGCGUGGAAGAUGCCUCCUCCACCGCCUACGAGGCGCUGCUCCUCUACAUUUACACGUACGAGGUGUGCAAUGCGGUCACCAUUGACAUGUGUGGCGACCUCAUGCUGCUGGCCGAGCGCUACAAGAUGCUGGACUUCAUCGACUGCUACAUCGACAAGCUGGCCCACCAGGACUGGCCCAUUGAGGUGGUUCUGCAGAUCUUCCACUUGGCCAGUGAGCACAACCAUCCGGCUCUGAUGGAUCUCGUGGCGAAAAAAAUUCUGCCCGUAGCCACCCAGGUGCUCAAGGACAACUCGUUCCUCAAGCUGAGCGUAAAGGAGCUAAAGGCUCUGAUGAUAAUCCUGAAGAAAGAUGGAAUUCUUUCCGACCACGAGCUGCUGACCUCGCUGAAGAACUACCAGGAGGUGAACAACCUGCGCUACGAGAACAUGGAGCAGUUCCAACAGUUCGUUGAGGUGACCCAGUUGGUCGACCACGUCCUCUUCGAAGUGGAUGGCACCAUAGUUCUGCCCGAAGAUGAUAAACCUUCAGCGGGGGAAUAAGCUCAGCCAAGUUGGUAUAUCCAAGGAUAUAGACAGGAUGCAUUACAUAUCUAGAGGGAUCAUUUAUUGGAUGAGGGGGCAAAAAACAAACAAAAUCGAAUUCAUAUCGGCUUAUAGAAUAAAUACUACCUAUAAACAUAA